CUGGCUGGCUUGUGACUCGCCUGCCCAUUGUGACAUGCCCCCUGCUGGCUGGCACAGCCUCAUCCCCUCACUGCCAGGCUUGGCUCUGGCAGAGCGAGAGCCGGCACGUGCUGCUGAGGAACGCUGAGCCAGCCAUUUCAGCUCUGCCACCGGCAGCAGAAAGUGGGUGGACCAUAUACACACCGGCUUUUGCCCACUCCUGACUCCAGGAUGGCUGAGGAAGUCCCCAAGGCCCCCUCAAAGCCCAUCCGUGCCUGGGAGGAGACGAAACCUCCCCAACGGAAGAGUUGGCGAAAGAGCCCACAGCGGAAGCAGGAGCUGUGUGUGCCUCAGCCCUUCCGUGCCGAUUCACCAGUCUAUUGUAACGCCUGCUUGAGGAGGCUAGACUGGGAGCACAAAGAGGCCCUGGACUACAUCAACGCCUUUCUAACGAGCAAUGAGCAGGACGAGGCCAAGAACCUCAAGUUCUUGGAUUCCAUCAGCAGCCUCAGAAGCCUGCCUGCUUUUAUGGACCAAGUCCUGCUAGUAGAGAAGAUAACGGAGCUGAUUGAUCACGAGUCCGUCGACUCCCUGACCGGCGUGAUGCGUCAGCAAGCAAUGCUCGCCAUCAUGAAGCUGAGCAAAGUGAAGCUAUCGGUGUGGCUCCUGACACGACCCAGGCUGCUCACCACCUGCUUCUCCAGCAUCUUCUCCCUGCCUCCAGCACACACCAUGGAGGAGGUGGAGGCUGCUCUCUACACCAAAACGCUGAAAACCAUGGAUGAGAUGCUGAAGGCCUUGGUGUGUGAGGAUAAGGAGCCCAACCUUGUGGUGCUGCAAAACAUCGUGAAGGUCCUGCUCCCCUGGACCACAUCCAAGGAGGUACAUGAGCGGUUGAGGGCAGUGGGAAGGAUCAGGUGGCUGAUGGAAUUCAUGGGGUCUCAGUGCAAAUUCCAGGAAGUGGAGGAGUUCAGCGUCCUGGGCCAGCUGGUGGGGUGUCUCACUCUGUGCCGUGCGGAGCAGGAGCAGGAGAUCUGCCAAUCGGCUGUGGAGGGACUUCGCCACCUCUACUCCUUCAUGCUGCAUCUAAAAUCUGAAAGUCUGAGGAAGCUCGGUGCAGAGUAUCGGCAGAUCCUCAAGAACAGUCAAGUUGAGACAGCCUUCUGGGUCACCAACACCAGAAAUAUCACAUUGAUUUUUGGGAAGUACUUGGAGCCGUCUGAAGGCAUGGACUUUCUCCUCACUGCUAUCGACGGCAUGAGAGACUCCAGCGUCCAUGACGCAGUGACGGCCAGGAACAUGCUGCAUACGAUCCUGGAGGUUCCCGGCCUCCGCUGGUGGAGGAUGUCAGAGGCUGUGAGGAGCAUUUAUAACCACCUGGACUCCAUCAGCGAGCCACUUGCCCGGCAGGAGCUGCGCAGGGCCCUUCUCCUGCUGGGCUACCGGUUCAGCGAGGAGGUGGUCGGAACCCUGCUGGGCUGCUCACGGUCAUGUGACAGUGUUGCUGCGGAGAUGUGGAAGAUGCUGACAUCCCAGCCCAACACCUCAAGAAAGAUCCUUGGGGAGCUGGUCAGCAGGCUGCAGGAGCCGGCUCGGCGACGGUAUCAGCUCUCUGAGAGACCGGCUGGCUUCCCCCCCUUGGCCCUGCAGGCCACAAGAGCCGUGUAUGUGAUCCUGCAGGAGCAGGCCUGCAGGCAGGAGGUGAAGGAGCUCUUCCCUCAGCUCUACGUCGCGCUGCUCUUCCACGUCACCCACACAGUGCAGCACACUGCUUCGCAGGAGAGGGAGCAUAACCAGGAGGACACGGCCGCACCCCUCAGCCCCGUCAGGUUCGCGGUGAAGGCCAUGGAAGCUUUGCUUCUAUGCGCUGGCUACAAGGAGCAGGUCACCUUCAUGAUGAAGCAGGGCGGCUGGGACCUGCUCAUGAGCUCUGACACGCACCACAAAGGUGUCUGCCUGCUUGCCCGGGCCAUGGUUUCGCUCAAUUUCCAGGAGCGAAACUGGAUUUUCUACCAUCUGAUGGCCAUCCUCAGCGAUCGGGACGAUAGGCGGUACGUCCCGGCCGUGGCGCUCUUCAUUCAGCUCCUCCAGUGCCCUGACCUUGGCUACGGGCUGGAAGACGCCAUCGUGGAGGAGAUGAGCAGGCAGCUGAGAGACCACCAGACCGUGGUGCGCUGGUUGGGGCUCAAAGGCCUCUCAAUCUGGCCCGUCUCCCAGAGAAGCACUCGCUCCUCUGAAGAGCUCUGGAAGGGCCUUUUGCUGCUAAGAUCUCAUAACAAGUUUGAUACCCACAAUAUAGUGGGGAAACUCCAGCGUCUGCUGCCAGAUGUCCUGGAGCGACUCCAGGAGGUAGACAGAGCCCUCAUCCACAAGGCCAUCGCCGUGCUGAAACACCUCCUCGCCGGCAUGGACAGGCAGAGCGCCAGCUGCGCGGCUGUGCAAGUGGCUGAGCAACUCCUGCCAUUGUUUGAUGAUGUAAGGCCUGGCAGCUCACAGGAGAUCCCAUCAAACUGCGGACAUGUGAAUGGGGGCUAG